AUGGUUAGUAGGUCGGAGGCCAUUGUUAUUAGGUUUGCGUUUUUGUUCUCAUUUUGUGCUUGGCCGUUGGACGGGACACGAAUUGCAUCAACGGCUGCUGGGCUCCAAGCAGUCACGCCAUGGCGCUUUAACUACGCUCCAGUCGUUGUAUUCCGGCCACCAGUCAGUGUCCUUACAAGGAUGUUUGCACAAUCCAUUGCCUUUGACAUUUACUCAGCUGCUACAGCGGGUUUCCAGCUUCUGGGACUUGAGUUCUCAAUCUUCACAGUGACUCUGCUGGCGGCAUUUGUUUUCAGGCAUCUUGGUCAAAAGAGCUUUGAAGUUGCAAAGCUCAAGACUACUGCCUUCGAGGAGAAAGCACCAGUCGUGACAUGGAAGCGGUCAGCCAAUCUUGUUGCGUCUAUCCAGCCUUGGGACUCAGGACGAGAAGCAUGCUUGAGGUCUUCAAAAUCAGGGAAGAACAAACAGGCCUUCGCUGACAUGUUGGAUGACAUUGCCCUGCAAGCAAGAGACCCGCAGAGCACUCGAGUGGUGAAUUUGGUCAUGCAGAUGUACGAUAAUUUGUUGGCACGGCUUGCAGAGAAAGACAUGGAUCUUCCAGAGGUAGCCACCAUGGCAAAGCAUACACUUGUCGAAGUCUACAGCAGCCUUGUCUACUGCGUUGUGCGGGCCAGUCGUUUCAAUCUGGUCGAGAGAUUGCUGGAUGAUAUGAUCAGCAAGGGUGUUGCCAGACCACUCCACUUCUAUGAAAGCACUAUGAAGCAGCUUGCAGGAGUCAAGAAGUACAAGUUUGCACUGAGUGUCUACGACCGUUUGGCUGCAGACGGCCUAGAACCUUCACCUGUGACUCUGAGUUGCCUAAUCAAUUUCGCGGCAGAGGUUGGCGAAUUAAGAAGAGCAGUCAGCUUUUUCGAGAUCCUCUCCUCGGUGUCCACUCCAUCGAUUCGAGCGUACAUGACUGUAUUGAGAGUUCACAGUCUACGACAGGAUUGGCCCUCGGCCAUGAGUACCAUUAACGAUAUGAAAUGUCGAGGAGUGGCGGUGGAUACUUUGGCUUUAAACGUGGCGUUGAGCACUGGCGUGAUGGCAGAUCACUUGGAGGCAGUGGAAGCGUUGGUCAACGAGGCCUCAAGUGUGGACAUCGUGUCGUACAACACCCUGAUCAAAGGCUAUGCCCUACGCAGCAACCUGGCCAAGGCUGAGCAGGCGUUCCAGUCUUUGUUGCGACGAGGAUUGAGGCCCAAUGCGAUCACUUUCAAUACCAUUAUGGACGCAGCCGUACGUUCAGGUGACUGUGCCUAUGCGUGGCACGUCCUUGAUGACAUGGAGCUUUCCUAUGGCUUGAAGCCCGAUAGGUUCACAUGCUCGAUUUUGGUCAAGGGGGUGGCUAAGUGUCGGGAAGAUCACAUCCACAAAGCUUUGGCCCUUGUCCGGAAGGUCGCUGAAUCAUGUGACAAGGCUUUUCUGAGCCAGGUACUACACACGCUUUUUGAAGCCUGCCAGGGUUGUGCCGCGCCAGCUCCUCUUGCACAGCAGGUCCUAGCAGAGAUGCGGCAGCGCAAGGUAGUGCCCUCUUCAUCAACACAAAGACAACUCUUGCAGGUCAUUGCAAACAUGGCCAAUAGAGAGGCUCCGUCCAAGCAAUGA